UGGGGAAAGUGCCCAGACUGACUGACUUCAUACUGUAUCAAUGGACUAGGGGAGGAGAAUGAGGAGGCAAGGAAUGUUUUUCUACUGUCUAUCUCAUAAUCUUGAGCUUAAAAGUUCUCUCAAAGAGGAUACUAAGUAGUUCAACACAGUGUGAAGACUGCACAAUCUGUGAAGAAGAGAGGACACGCACAGCAUACCACGGCAAUAUUAUUUUGACCUGCGCACAGGACUGUUUAGUCAGCGGCUGCCAGUGGGGAUUCAACAAACACUAACCCAUCGGAGAACUCAACACAUAGAUUACAAAGAUGCCUGUGGAAAUGCUGUCAGUCAGACACUCUCUGUCUAAUGUGGGUAGGUUCCCAUCAGUCACAUUGGGAUGGGGGCAGGAUGAGCCAGAGAAGGAGGAACCAGAGGAGGAGAACACAGAGGAGGGGGCGUGUCGACAAUGGUUGCGUAAGAUCUGUCCUUGCUGCUGUCAAAGACUGAGCGAUGAUGAUGACAUCACAGAUAUGGUCGUGACUGGGAUCCCGGAUGUUGACAACAAUGCAGGGAUGAAUGGCGACAAGCCAGUCACUGGUGGAAGUGAGCUCGAAGAGCUGUUGUUGACAGUGCGGUCCAUAGACCUGAUGAAAACCAAGACGGGUCUGAACCGCCUGGAGCAUCACACAGACCGUUACUAUGGUGAUGACCUCAUCAUCCGCAGGGGGAAUACCUUCAUGAUGUGGCUUGACCUUUCACGACCUUACUACCCCAACACAGACAGACUCCACCUGGAGCUUAAGACAGGAUCCCUGCCUACAGUGGCAAAGGGCACCCAUGUCAUCAUCCCAUUGGUUGAGGAGCUGGAGGAUGACCGUUGGGAGGCCAAGAUCGUGAAACGGGACGGCAACAGGAUCAAGCUGUCUGUUAACUCCCAGCCCACUGCCAUGAUUGGCCGAUACCAGCUCACUGUGGCAACGCAUAGCCCGAAGGGCAAGGCCACAUCUACACAUGACCCAGGGAAUGACAUCCGCAUGCUGUUUAACCCUUGGUGUGAAGAUGACACGGUGUACAUGGACGAUGAGGAUGAGAAGAAUGAGUAUGUCCUGAAUGACGUCGGCAGGCUUUACUAUGGCACAGAGAACCAGAUUGGUGCAAGAACAUGGAACUAUGGACAGUUUGAUGAGGGGAUCCUGGAUGCCUGUCUGUAUGUUUUGGAGAAGAGUGUAACCCCCCCCUCAGGCUGGGGAGACCCUGUCAAUGUAGUCCGAGUCAUUUCAGCCAUGAUCAACUCCCCAGAUGAUUGUGGGGUCGUGGAGGGUAAUUGGUCAGGGAAGUAUGUGGGAGGGACUUCCCCUACAGCCUGGAGUGGCAGUGUGGACAUCCUGAAGAAGUACCAGAAGGACGGAGGCAUACCAGUCAGAUAUGGCCAGUGUUGGGUCUUCUCUGGGGUCACUACCACAGUAUUGAGGUGUUUGGGCAUUCCCUCCCGUAGUGUGUCCAACUUCAACUCUGCCCAUGACACAGAUGUCUCCCUGACAACAGACGUGUACUUCAAUGAGAAUUUGGAGUCUAUAGAUCACCUCAACACUGACUCCAUCUGGAACUUCCACGUGUGGAACGACUGUUGGAUGGCUCGUCCAGACUUGCCACCAGGUCAUGGUGGCUGGCAGGCGGUAGACUCCACCCCCCAGGAGACCAGCCAGGGCACCUUCCGCUGCGGCCCUGCCUCCAUCACCGCCAUCCGCAACGGACAAGUGUUCCUCAAACAUGACUCACCCUUCAUCUUUGCCGAGGUGAACAGUGAUAAGAUAUACUGGCAGAGGAACCUGGAUGGCACCUUCACCCAGAUCCACAGUGAGAAGAAUGCAGUGGGCCACUGUAUCAGCACCAAGGCUGUGGGCUCAGAUGAACGCAACGAUAUCACACACCUUUACAAGCACCCAGAAGGCACAGAAGAGGAACGCAUUGCUGUGGAGACUGCCAGUCGCUAUGGUUCCAAACCAGAUACCUACUCCUCUCCAAUCGCUGAGGAUAUAUCAAUAGAGGUGACCAUGGAUGGGGAGGGGCCACGCAUGGGGGGAGAUGCAGAACUGAACAUUGUCAUGCGAAAUGCUAGUUCUCUACCACGCACUAUCAACCUCCACAGCCAGGUGGCAGUCAUGUACUACACUGGCGUGCUCAAGGCCACCGUCAAGAAGGACGAAACGCAUGUGGAGCUGCUAGCCAAUGAAGUGAAGACCCUGGAGUGGAUCCUUGAGUACCAGCACUAUCAGGACCAGCUAGUGGACCAGGCUGCUCUGAUGCUGACCCUCUCAGUCCGGGUCACUGAGACACAGCAGGUCCUUGCCACUCAGUUCAGCUUCCGCCUCCGCACCCCUGACCUCAUCAUUAAGCCGGUAGGGGAGGCUGUGGUGGGGAAAAAGAUGGCGGCUGAGAUUUUCUUCACUAACCCUCUGCCACGCACACUGAAGGGAGUGGUGUUCCAUGUGGAGGGGCUGGGCCUGCAGAGUGUUCGACAGAUCGCUGUUGGUGACGUGGCCAGUCACUCCUCUGUGACUCUGACGGAACACUUUGUUCCUACUCUGCCUGGAUCCAGGAAACUGGUGGCUUCUCUGGACUGUAAGCAGCUCACACAAGUUCACGGCGUCGCCAACAUUGAUGUCAAGGAGAAAUGAGCCUUUGGACACCAUAGACCCCUUUUGGUCUGCUUUACUAUUGAGGCAUAAUCACUGGGGAUGACAGAAGACGUCACCACCCUCUCCUCUUCCAUACCAGAGCACUGAUGUUGCUGUUGAGUUCAUUAUGAUGUUUGAAAGUACAGUCUAAGUUUGAGACACAGGAAAACCAAACACCAUGUAAGACAAACCUUUUCAAUCAUCAUAUGUUUCCACUUGAGGAUUCCUGUCACUUAUAUUGUAAAGUUUUUUCAUCCCUUCCACUCAAUAUCAGAUUGGACCUGAAUAAUGUGCCUUGGAAAGUGCCUAAGCAUAUGUUUGCAGUCUUUACAAGAUUGGUAUUAGAACUUGUAUAAUUGCAUGACAUUUCUAAAUGUAUCUUACCUACUGAACAGAGCACAAGCUACAGUAUAUGACACAUGGGAACAAUAAUGUUUGUUUAGUAUGCUGUACAGUAAAGCACAAAUACUGUGUACAGUGGUUUGUUAUGUUGCCAGAGCAUUGUAUAUCUAUGACACAAUCAGCUUUUUCUCAGAUAUUAUUUUCUAAUACUUAUUAGAAGGGGUGUGUUACCUUACACUCUACAUUUGAAUAAUGCUAUGGUGUUAUUAACUCGUAAAACAUUGUUGAUUUUAAGAGAUCAGUUCUUUUAAACAUACAGGUAACUGCCAAAAUAAAGGAAACACUUGAGUAAAUGAGGAAUACAUUGUAUAUUGAAAGCAGGUGAAUCCACACAGGUGUGGUUCCUGAGCAAUUGACAUCCCGUUAUGCUUAGGGUCAUGUAUAAAAAUUCUGGGCAGGCCAAGUUGCCCAUUAUUUUGCUUACCAUGGUUAUGCCCUCAUAGGAUGACAAUGCCCCCAUCCACAGGGCACGAGUGGGCACUGAAUGGUUUGUUGAUCAUGAAAAUUAUGUAAACCAUAUGCUAUCACCGUCUCAGUGACCAGAUCUCAACCCAACACUUAUGGGAGAUUCUGGAGCAGUGCCUGAGAGCGUUCUCCACCACCAUCAACAAAACACCAAAUUAUGGAAUCUCUUUUAAAGAUUGGUGUCGCAUCCCUCCGAUAGAGUUCCAGACACUUGUAGAAUCUAUGCCAAUGCACAUUGAAGCUGUUCUGACAGCUCGUGGUGGCAUCCUAUUAAAACACUUUAUGUUGGUGUUUCCUUUAUUUUGGCAGUUACCUGUAUAUCCACCUGUAUUUAUGCACGACAGUGUAACUGUCUAAAAGUAAUUCUAUGUGAAAUUGAUGAACAUGAGUGUAUUAUGAAGUCAAGUUAAAGAUGCUCCAGCCCAGGUUUCGUAGUAAAAUCAGCUAGCUUUUCUAAAUGGCAGCUUUGGCACUUAACAAAAUUAACAACCCUUAAGUGUCACAAACUGAUAUAAUGGCAGCUACAUCACAAACAGUAGUCUGCAACUGCUUUAACUGUUUGAAAACAGAAAAGAUAUUGUAUUUAUGUGAUAUUUACAUUUUUAUACUGUAUUAUACCAUGUAAGUAAAUGAUUUCACUUCAAUAUUUUGCCCUUAUUCUGUAUGUGUGAGAGAGCGAGCGAGAGGAUAGGAUGAACUUUGUCCCCGAGGGGGAAAUUAUCUUAGGCACACAGUGCGAGAGAGAGAAAGUGUUAUAGUGACAGAAACAGGUCUACACAAGUACAAUAUUUGGUUGGGCAACCUCUCCCCUCCACCUUGCUGCAAAACAUAAAUUAUUAGUGACCCUCCUUUUGACGGUUAAUUUCUACACAUUUUGCUAUGGGGCAUAGAGAAAAUGUUGCAGUUUUUAAUACAUGUUUUCUGCAAUUCUACAUAUUUUGCCAUUGGGUGGUGUGAACAUUUUGUAACAUAUUUCAUGCAAUUCUACUAAUUUUGCAAUGGGGCAGAGAUAAAAAAUAUUUUAAAAACGA